GCGACCUCGCUUGAUGCUGGGAAGCAUUGCGGGGUGGAUUGGUGAGCCAAACAUUCACAAGGGGGGAAAUCGUACUCCAACAUGGCACUGUCUUACGUUCUUGAAACACCUGUAACAGGUUUUAACUUUGAAAAUUCGACGAGAAAUGCUCGAUUGGAGAGUUUACUUGGGGAGAUGAAGGUCAAGGCACCUAGACCACUUAAAACAGGGACUACCAUCGCAGGAGUUGUUUGUAAGGAUGGGGUGGUCCUAGGAGCAGAUACUAGAGCCACUUCAAGUGAGGUGGUGGCUGAUAAGAUGUGUGCAAAAAUCCACUACAUUGCUCCAAAUAUAUAUUGUUGUGGUGCGGGCACAGCAGCAGAUACAGAAAAAACUACAGAGAUACUCUCCUCCAACCUCGCCAUCUUCUCCAUGAACAGCGGCAGGAACCCACGCCUCGUCAUGGCUGCUAACAUCCUACAGGAUAUGCUCUUCAGGUACAAGGGCCAGAUUGGGGCCCAUCUUAUCCUUGGAGGGGUAGACUGCACAGGGAGUCACCUUUAUACUGUUGGGCCCUAUGGAAGCAUGGAUGAAAGGCCUUAUUUGGCAAUGGGGUCUGGAGACCUUGCUGCUAUGGGAAUACUAGAGGACAGGUUCAAACCUAAUAUGGAGAUGGAGGAUGCCAAGACUUUGGUGCGUGAUGCCAUCCAUGCUGGCAUAAUGAGUGACCUUUGCUCUGGAAACAAUAUAGACAUUUGUGUCAUCACCAGAAAGGGUGUGGACUACAUAAGACCAUAUCAAGAAUCAGAAUAUAAGGACAAGAGGCAAAGGACAUACAAGUACAAGCCAGGCACAACUCCUGUUUUGGGAGAGAAUGUGAUUCCCCUUGAAAUUCAACUAGUGGAGGAGACCGUACAGCGGAUGGACACAGCUUAAUCAUUACAACAUUAAAUAAUUUGCCAUAUCA